AUGGAACUGCCCCUGUAAGCCCCGCAAUUCUUUUUCACAAUCUCACAAACCAACCUAAAAGGCUAAAACUACUAUAUUACUUACUGAUUAUUACGGAGGCGGAGGCGGAGGCAAGGCGCCAUUACUGCAGAGCUUACAACCAUGGUCGACCAAAGCAAGUAAAAGAUGCAGCUCAUCAAGACACCAAGACGAGGUGGUUCGCGUCCUCACUAACACUCUCGAGACUGCAAAUGCCUGAACUCUACAAGUCUAUGGUUUUGGAACUAAAUGCAAGGGAUGACCGUGGAAUCAAUGUUGUUCAGACUAGGAUCAAAGAUUUUGCUGCUGUGGCUGUAGGUUCUGGUCAGUGUCAAGGGAUCAUAGAGCCACUUGCGUCAAGAUGUGCAAAAUUCAGGUUCAAGCCACUUUCAGAAGAAAUCACAAGCAGUCGUAUAUUGCACAUUUGUAAUGAAGAAGGCCUCACUCUGGACGCAGAGGCUCUCUCAACCUUGAGUUCUAUCUCACAAGGUGAUCUUUGCCGGGCUAUCACAUACUUGCAAGGAGCUGCUCGCCUAUUUGGAUCGUCAAUUUCAUCCAAAGACCUUAUAAGUGUAUCUGGGGCCAUUCCGCAAGAGGUUACUGAGGCACUUUAUGAAGCAUGCAAAAGUGGUGACUUUGAUUUGGCGAACAAGGAAGUCAAUAAUAUAAUUGCGGAAGGAUAUCCAGUAUCUCAGAUCCUUGCUCAGUUAUUUGAGGUGGUGGUUGAAGCAGAUGAUUUAUCAAAUGAACGAAAGGCUUGCAUGUGCAAGAGUUUGGCUACAGCUGAUAAAUGUCUCAUUGAUGGUGCUGAUGAGUAUUUGCAGCUGCUGGAUGUGGCUAGCAACACAAUGCGAGCUCUCUGUAACAUGCCACAAGAACGUUAUUAUGAUAGUUAGGUAGCAUUCGAGCUCGGGUUGAGAUGUAGCACAAGGUGAGAUCAUGUAUAAUAUAAUGCUCCACUUUUGGAAACUCUUAACUUCUUCACAAAAGAGUCACCUGCCGAACUUUUUAUGCAUGCACUUUUCUAUCCUUUUCUUCUUCAUAGUGGGAUCAGUGACUACUUAGCCUACUUUCAUGUCUUUGAAUCCUAAUUGAUUAAAAAAUUGAAACAAGCGGUUGAUAA